AUGACCGAAGUUGCGGAGCUGCUGGGCAUUGAUGUGAAGGACUUUGUCGCUUUUGGCGACGGCAUGAAUGACCUCAGUAUGCUGCAGGCAGCGGGGAAAGGCUGCAUCAUGGCUAAUGCGNAGGACUUUGUCGCUUUUGGCGACGGCAUGAAUGACCUCAGUAUGCUGCAGGCAGCGGGGAAAGGCUGCAUCAUGGCUAAUGCGCAGCCAAAACUGAAGGAGGCGCUGCCGCAUUUGGAGGUGAUCGGCUCGAACGAGGAGGACGGCGUGGCACGGAAGCUGCGGGAGGUGUUUGCGCUGUAG